AGGGUUUUGAAAACGUAGGAAAAGAAGAUGAGGUGGAUGGGGAGACUUUUAGACACAAUGUCUGUGCAUCCUAAUCUCGGAUGGAGAGAGAGUGUGAGGCAUGCAGCACGCAAGGGAACUCGAGAGAAACGAAGACGUCUUCAUAAAAAGAAGGAAGUUGUGAAGCGUCAGUGGGUCCCCCCUAGUCAGCUCAAAGCCAUGAAAGAGGCACAGGCCUAUCGACCAAGCCUCCGAUUGAAAGAAGCUGAGCGGUGGCCUCCAUUGGAUGAUGUUUAUAUGAAAUCUCACCAUCGUCUCCCCACUGUGUCUCUGGAAGAAGCUUUAGCUGCAUUCCAGGAAAUCUUCCACCCCACCAUGUUCAAUGAGCCCAACAACUAUGUUCAUGCUUUCCUUGAGCUUGAUCUCACCCUCCCAAAAAAGUCAGCUGGUAGCAUGCAACGUUACCUGGAAGGAUGGUCAGAGAUCAUAUCAUUUCCCAACCCUUUCAAUCUGGAACAUGGAAGACGAGUCUUAGCUUUCUCCUCAUCUGUUGAAGUUCAGACUGAGGCCAUGAAUGCUGGAGCAGCUCUUGCUGGUGGUGCUGCCCUCAUCAAAGAUGUUCAGACAGGACUAUUGUCCCUUCAAGACUUCGAUUACUUUGUGGCCUCACCUGACAUUGUGACAGAGAUUGUGAGCCUUCGAGGACUGAUGAAGAAACGCUUUCCUACUCUCCGCAAUGGAUCCUUAUCCAGUAAUGUGCCAGAAGCAGUGAAGAAGUUUGUCCAUGGAGUGGAAUAUUCAGUAGUUCCUAAUGCAAAGGAGCCUGAUUAUGCUGCUGUAGAUAUCCAAAUAGGCAUGCUCUCUAUGGCAGUGGAGGCUCUGGAAGAGAACCUGAAGGUGUUAGCAUUGAAUGUGAUGGAGCAUAAACCCCCUCAGAUGAAAGUGCUCUUCAUUCAAAACAUCCUCCUCAAAUCCCCUCCCUGCAGAGAAUUCCUCAAACUUGACAGGGAAUUGUACACGAAAGAACCUCUACCAGUGAAAGACAUUGAAACUGAACCCCAAGCUAAGGUAGAAGAAAGGACAGAAUCAUUGCCUGGUUCAGAUGAUGAGGAUUCAAAAGAGAAGAGGUCUGUGGAGCAAUGAUGUCAUCCUCUGUGUUGUUGGAUUUCAUGGUAGAGUGUGUUGUAGUGUAUGGAUACCAAAAUAAAGGGUCAAGUUCCUCAAGA